CAGAGGGAAAGGAGCCGGAGGCAGGAGCAGAGCCCAUAUAAACCUCAGGUGAGGUGUGGCGUACCAGAUGUCGUUUUAAUGAUUUUAUGUAGGUUUUUUAAAAGACGAAUGGAUUAAUGAAGAAAAAUUUUAGCGAAGAAAGGGGAGGAAGAAAUGGAGCCAUUUGGAACAAACUGAGAUCUUCCCCCACACCGCUCGGGUCAUGGGCAAGACAGACACAUUCAGCACCGGUUUCACCAUCAGCUGUCUUCUGGGGUUGUAAAAGCACUCCCUGAAAGCUCCCCUCCAGACCUCUCCGUUAACCUACCCUGUGCUGCUUGGCAAUGGUUGCUGCAGAGAAGAUUUAUGAAAUUCCUGUCAAUUCCCAACCACCGAGUGGAUACUGAGCCUGUGGAAAGGCCUGGGGAGUCAGGAGAAAGGAGCAAGUAGGAAGAGGACGAAAACACACAAUCUGCUGGACCUUCCCCUCCCGCCCCCCUUGCAAAGAAAGGAUUUACAGCUCAACCUUGCACCAGCUGUUCCUCGGCUUUAACAGUCAAGAGAGAAAUAAAUAAAAUUAAACAGCCACCACCAGCCAGCCGGUCCUGGAUCCCAGUGAAAUCAGGGAGAGUGUUCUGUGACCCCCUCCAGCGAGGGGGAGGAGGAGGAGGAAGCACAGCAGAUUGCUUGCGAGACAACCCCCCUCUUCCCACACAGCGACCGGAGGGGGCUGCAGCACAGCAGAGGGCAGAUUAAAAAAGGAGAAGUGGCUUCCUUGAGACUCCCGGUGUGGCUUUUUUGCAAGAAGUUUCCCGGUGUCUUGCUCUCCCGCAGGGUGCUGGCUUGGGGGGAAGGUGUGCCCAGCCCCUCUCCUGGCACCCCGAGCCGUCCCUUCCCUCGGAGCUGGCUGCUGCCACCAGCCGUGGGGGACCCACUUUCUGCGGGCUGUUGCCUGACUGAGGGAAGCUCGUAAAGGCUCUUGGCAGUUUUAAAGCCAAAUCCCGUUCUCUGUUCUGAAUUUUUAAUGUUUUUAAACCUCCUUCCCUGCGAACCCUUGUGGGGCAGGGUGUAGGCUGGACUCCUCUCCUGGGCCCCGGAGGCUGCCCUGGACUUCUCCGGACUGUCGGCCCGGGUCAGAGCCUGCCCUGGGAGCAAGCACCGAGGCUGGGUAGCAGUUUGCCCCCGUCCCUCUCCCCUCCCCUUCUCAUCUCGCACCGAGUCCCGCUGGGCCUGGGCUAUGCUGCGGGGCGGAUCCCCCACCACAGCUCCAACAUGCCAGCAGCAUCCGGAAAAAGAUUCAAACCCAGCAAAUACGUCCCAGUCUCAGCUGCUGCCAUCUUCCUAGUGGGAGCCACCACCCUCUUCUUUGCCUUCACGUGCCCAGGGCUCAGUCUGUACGUCUCCCCAGUCAUUCCUGUCUACAAUGCCAUUGUCUUCCUCUUCGUGCUGGCCAACUUCAGCAUGGCCACCUUCAUGGACCCAGGCAUAUUCCCACGAGCUGAGGAGGACGAGGACAAGGAGGACGACUUCCGAGCUCCGCUCUACAAGACGGUGGAGAUCAAGGGCAUUCAGGUGCGCAUGAAGUGGUGCGCAACCUGCCGCUUCUACCGGCCGCCGCGCUGCUCCCACUGCAGCGUCUGCGACAACUGUGUGGAGGAGUUUGACCAUCACUGUCCCUGGGUCAACAACUGCAUCGGGCGGCGCAAUUACCGUUACUUCUUCCUCUUCUUGUUGUCGCUCACCACGCACAUCAUGGGAGUGUUCGGUUUUGGCCUGCUCUACGUCCUCUACCAGGUGGAGGAGCUCUCCGGCGUCCGCAUGGCCGUCACCAUGGUGUGCACUUUGUCUCUGCAGUCCAAAGGAAGCCUGGAGGUGACGGAGAGCCAGUCUGCUGACGCCGAACCACCCCCCCCACCUAAGCCAGACCUCAGCCGCUACACGGGCCUGAGGACACACUUAACCCUGGCCACCAACGAGGACAGCAGCCUGCUAGGCAAGGACAGCCCCCCGACCCCCACCAUGUACAAGUACCGGCCCGGCUACAGCAGCAGCAGCAGCUCAGCAGCUCUCCCCCACUCCACCAGCGCCAAGCUGAGCCGAGUGAACAGCCUGAAGGAGCCCAACUCCAUCUGCGAGAGCAGCCGCCAGCCCAACUACCGCUCGGAGCCGAGCCUGGAGCCUGAGAGCUUCCGCUCACCCACCUUUGGCAAGAGCUUCCACUUUGACCCGCUCUCCAGCGGCUCCCGCUCCUCCAGCCUCAAGUCGGCCCAGGGCACGGGCUUUGAGAUGGGCCACCUCCAGUCGAUCCGCUCCGAGGGCACCACCUCCACCUCCUACAAGAGCCUGGUGAACCAGACGCGCAACGGCAGCCUGUCAUAUGACAGCCUGCUGACACCCUCCGACAGCCCCGACUUCGAGUCCGUGCAGGCGGGCCCGGAGCCCGACCCGCCGGUGGGUUACACCUCGCCCUUCCUCUCGGCCCGCAUCGCCCAGCAGAGAGAGACCGAUCUGCACGGCCGCUUCGCUGGCGCCGUCUCCCCCAAGCAUGCGCCACCCCGCGAGCCCUCGCCCGUGCGCUAUGACAAUCUCUCCCGCCACAUCGUGGCCUCCAUCCAGGAGCGGGAGAAGCUGCUGCAGCAGCCGCCGGCCACGGGCAAGGAGGAGGAUGCGGGGCUGGUGGACUCGGGCCUCCAGUCAACACCAGGCUCCAGCAAUGCCCCCCGCACCAGCUCCUCCUCGGACGAUUCGAAGCGCUCACCCCUGGGCAAGAACCCACUCACCCGCCCGUUCAGGGAAGAGGAAGGCCAGCGGGGUGCAUCCCUGUAA